AUGAACUUAUUGAUUUAAUAAGAGGAUGCCCAUGAGAAAUAGAAUGAAGAUAAUCAAAAUCUAGAAUAAUAAUAACAAAAUGAAGAUGAAUAGUAAAAAUAAUCAAGCAAGAAAAAUUCUCAAGAAGAGGAAAAUGCAGGAUUUGAUUCUGGCUAUAAAGAAUAAGAUCUAUAGUAAAUUCAUGAGGACAGUCAACAGAAUAGUCAGAAAUAAGAAGGAAAGGAUGAGACUAAAAGAAUACCAACUUAAGGAGAAAUGGAAACUACUACUUAAAGAAAAGAUUAGAAUAGACGAUUAGAAACUGAAAAGUAAUAAAGACAAAAAACAACUUCAGAAAAAACAUUUAAAACACUUGAAUAGAUUUAUUACAAAAGAAAUACCUAAUCAUUCAUGCAUCUUAGAACACCUCAUUAAUUUGAUACAAAAAUAAUCCAUGAUCAAUUAAAUAAAUCUCAUGCAAAACAAUAAUACACUUUUCCUAAAGCCUAAAGGUUUUCCAAGCCAAAAGAAAGUUAUUGCUCAAUGUAGUUUUACGACUCUUAGUAAAUUGUAUUAUUAAUUCUAGAAUUUAAACAUAAUUAAAUAAAAGAGCAGCAGCCUUGGGCUACGGAACUAAAUCUGACUUCACAAAAAGAGACAAAUAUAUACCAGGACCUACCGAUUACAAUAUCAGAUUAAUGCCAAAGCCAGGAGUUAAAUUUGCAUAUGGAAGAGAUGAAUUGCAUUCGAAAGGACUUCAUGGUAGACCCAAUUCUAAUCCUGCUCCCAAUACAUAUUAAGUCAAAGAUAUCAUCACCUCAUACAAGUAUACCAUGGGAGAAAGAACAUCUGCAAAACGUACUUUAACCCUUAUAUCCAUAUAAGACAUCUACAUUCAGUCCACUACUCCAGCCCCAGGUCGAUAUAAUGUAGGUGGUUUCAGUUAAAAAGGAAAUUACUUUAUUGGCAAAUACAAAAGUAGUGGAGCCCCUGUUAUUUCUCCUGCAACUGCUUAAUCUCAAAGAGUAAAAAAGAUUCCCGGCCCUGGAACAUAUGACCCACCAGGAGAUAUAGGAGACCCAAGGAAUUAUUUGCCUUCAUAAUAUUCUACCAGAAGUGGAUUUCGAUUUGGUUAUUAGGAAAGACAGACCUAAGAGAUUAAAAAUAAAUAAUGUAAUAAAAUUAAUCAUCUUAAGUCCCUGGUCCUGGUACUUAUUAACUUCCAUCAGAAUUUGGUGAUUUUGAAUACCCACCUUAAUUUUGAUUUUAUAAUUUA